AUGUCUGAGAGGGAGAAUACCACACUUUCUAUUGUGGAGGAUGUGCCGGUACCCAAGCACCUGCUGUCGACUGCAAAAUUCAAUUCUCCAUGGGAACAAUUGAAAUGGGAGAAAUCGCUCCCCCAAAAUGAUCGCACACAAGCCCGACCCUCAUCAGCUGGCAAAACCCAGUCCGGCGGCCUGCUUAGGUCUGCUAGUCUUUCCACUCGUCGUGUUCAGAGACCUCCUCCCGCGACUCGACCGCUAAGCAAUCCUGCCGAAAUACACAGAUGGGAGAACAUCAGAAAAACCGACUUUUUAGUCCCUCCGAUCACCGACCCGGAGAGAAAUGCACCACUAUCACCGAUUAAAGAGGCCAUCCUCAGCCCUAAAGAAAGCCCAACAAGCAGUCCAGCAAGAAGUCCAGCAAGAAGUCCAACCACCUCUCACUUCAAGAGCAACCGGAAUAGCAUGUACGAGGUUUACGAAAAGGCCAAAGUGAGGGGUGUUGCUCUUCAGCGGAAACACUGGGUUCGAUUGCUGUUCGAAUAUAGUCUAUAUGCUCUCCUCAUCUUAUUUGUCUACUUUGUCCUUGUGGGUAUGCCACUAUGGAAAGGAGCCGUUUGGUGGCUCUACUGGGUUGUGAGAACCAAAUUUGUCAUUCAAGGAGGUUAUGCUAUUACCAUUGGUUUAGCUGCACUCUAUGCAUUCCUCCCUCUUCUCAUCCUAUUCGAGAAGGAUCCUCCUACAAUCGACGACAGCAACCUUGACUUGGAGAAGAACUACUCAAAUGCCAAAGAUACAGCCUUGAUUAUCCCGUGCUAUAAAUCUGCCAACAUCAUCGGGCCAACUUUGAAAGCCGCUUUGAAAGUCUUUCCCCCGCAGAACAUCUUCGUUAUCGCCAAUGGCAAUAACGAAACACCUCUCGACAACACCGAAGAAGUUUGCCAGCCUUACGGUGUGAACCACCUCUGGGUUCCUGUUGGAUCUAAGAUCGUCGCCCAAUUUGCUGGCUGCUAUGCUGCCAAGGGCUUUGAAAAUGUCCUCCUCAUCGACGACGAUUGUGCACUACCCCCCAACUUCCCCAUCGUCGCCGACCGACUGAAAGGGAGGGUCAAGUGUAUUGGAUACACGAUCAAGAGUGUUGGUCCGGAUUCAUCGAAAGGCACAUUCUGUCAACAGGCGCAAGAUCUCGAAUAUAAAAUGUCUGGUCUGCAACGGGCUUUCUUCGGAAAACUUGGCAGUGCAACGUUCCCUCACGGCGCAAUCUCAAUUUGGAACACGGAAUUUUUGAAGCAGACAUUUUAUGAGCACCCUGGAUUCUCAGUUUCCGAGGAUUGGUUCUUCGGUGAUAGUUGUCGUCGCCUUGGAGGACGCAUCACGAUGUGCUCUUCUGUUUUCGUGGAGACCGAAACUCCGACGUCUGUCUUCUUCAGUGGAAGUGGUAGUCGCGGCGGCUUUGGAGAGAUGACCAUUUUUUCCCAGCGUUUCAAGCGAUGGAACUUCUUCUUUGUCGUCGGCAUGUACUAUGAUAUCAAGUACAUCCUGACAAGCUGGAAGCUUGGCUGGUGGGAAAUCGGCGCUAAGCUCUGUGUUUUCCAAGAGGUCUAUGAAACGCUCAUCUACCUCAUGGCACCAUUCAUGCUCCCGAUCUCAUUUGUCGUUCGCCCUGAAUUCUGUGGCAUUCUUCUCGGCGCCACGAUCGGAAUGUAUAUCAUCAACGUUAUCAUCUUCAACGAGAUCCAUCUGCGAAAGAAGAAUGAGCGCAUCGGUUAUGUCGUCUUGAUUUUCUACUAUACCUUCUACAAGAUUGCACUCACCGUCAUCAAUGUGGUCAGCUGCUAUUGGUCUCUCUAUAAAUACGCACGCUAUUUCGCCAGUCGUCACCCGAAGGUCACCGAGGAUCAACAAGCGAUUGAAGUUAUCCUUAGUCUCGAGCAGGAUGUGGAAGGAUCUGUUUCCGAUGAAGAGGAAUUGUUGAGGUCUCAUUCUGAAAAUGGAAAUGCCUAUAAAAGAUUGACUCUAACAAGGACGGUGCCUGAGAGGAUGGAAGACUGGCCGUUGAGACCAGAGAUGGAGCAAACGGGGGAUUAUAGCUUCCAUUCACCUUCUUGGAUAUAG